CGAAUCAAAUGAAAUUCGGAAUAAUCUUCGGGCGCAUCGUCCCAGUGGAGCGUUCUAUCACCGCCAUCAAGGCGCGAAGUUCAUGACAGACGGGCGGCGCCCCACCAUGAACUCUCGGAUCUGUAUUUACGUCACAUCCUUCCAGAUUAUGAGCGGCUGCGUCUCGUGGUCUCAUGACAAAGACUCAAGCGCUUCAGCUCCAGCCUGGAAUUGGUGCUAUUGUUGCGCCCUCAUCUUGUUCGGUUCCUAGCCCAUUUAUAAGAGUGUACUCGGCUGACGCUGUGACAGCGGCAAGGAGUCUGCAGACUUACACGUACAUAUACACUUCGGCAGCUACAUUUUGGACCUAUGAUUAUGCUUGUUCACUUCACCAGGAGUUGGGGUUCCUGCUUCGAUCGCGCUGGACCAAGGUAAAAGGCCUUUAUAUCGUUACGCGAUAUACAUCCUUUUCUCCUUUUCGCGGGACAUCUAUACUUGAACUUUGUCCCCAACGAGAACCCUAAUGUACGUGAACGCGUGGUGGACUUACUGACUGAUAAACGACGCUUACCUCAUGAUUUCGCAAGAAAUGCCAAACGUGGAACAAUAUUUGCUCA